GUGAACUCUUACUAGUUCAGAGAUAGACUCACCGCUUUUUGGCGCGAUCCAGCACUUCUUCCCCGAAGCUUAUCCUUGUUCAUAGUGUACCGAUCCUGAUGAAAUAAUGACAUAUAUUCGCUCACUGAUCCCUGUGCGCGCAUGUUGAGCCAAAGGAUGUUGCGGGGCCCCCGGUUUACAGCGCGUAGUGCCCAACUCGGACAUCCAUAAGCCUGUGUGCCACCAUGGAAUCAAGCGCGCGUUCCAGUGUUUCGCACCAGCUAAGCAGCGCGACUGCCGGUACGAGCACGCCGACGACCACGACGCUGCCUUCUCCCGCUGUCCUGGUCGCGGGCGGGGUCACAGCGGCCACCCUCGCCGUAGCAGCGGUGCUCUAUCUCACUUCGGCACGCAGCGGGGCUGGGUUCGACGAUGCACGUCGGCGCCCAGACGCCAAGCCUGGCAGUGGCAUUCUAUCACGGCUGUGGGGAGCACUAGGAAGCAGGGGGGAAGCGGAGCCAGGGGUUUGCGUCCACGCCCAUGCCACGGCUCGAGACGCGGAGCCAGAUCGGGACUGGGUCGCUGAGGAGGACGCCGAUGUGGAAGAGGAUGAAGCCGAGGGCGAGGAGGGCGAGGAGGAGGAAGGGGAGGAGGAAGGGGAGGAGGAAGGGGAGGAAGGGGAGGGCGGUGGCGGCGGCGUGGCGUGGCGGCACCUCCUGGAAGCGGGCAGUGAUGACGAGGACGAGGUGGAGGUGCCGGCCGACUUCAAGGACCCCAUAACGCUCAACGUCAUCUCCGACCCAGUGAUUCUGGCGGCCACAGGCCAGGUGUACGACUACGCCAGCCUCAAAGACUGGUUCAGGACGGGCCACCGCAUCUGCCCGCGCUCCAACAUCGAGGUCCUGGACGUGCAGGUGGUGCGUGUGCCCUGGUUGCGCUGCCGCAUCCGGGACUGGGUGCUGACCCACGGGUCUGCAGCGCAGCGCCGGUGCCUGCGGGCGGCGGAGGGGCGGCCGGACGCGGUGGAGAGGCUGGCGCGCCUCCACCCCGCCCUGGGCGGCUGGGUGCACGCCGUACGCAACGACACGGGCCAGCGGCGCGGCGCGGCCCUGGCGGACGUGUACGAGAUGUUGAGGCAACUCCGGAACUGGCCGUUUGACCCGCAACUGCUGCAACCGACCCAACCGCCACAACCGCUGCAACCGACUCAACUGCCACAACCGCCACAACCGGCCGGCAGGUGGGAGGCAGCCAUGGCGGCGCCGCCGGAGGAGGCCCUGGAGAUAGCGGCGGCGGCGGCGGGCGAGGUGGCGGCGGAGGCGGAGGCAAAUGGAACGCCUACGGGCGUUGACAAUGGCAAUGGCAAUGGAAAUGGCGGGCGCGACGCUGCGACCGCGGUGGCGGCUGAUGAUGAGGACGCGAAUGCGGAGCCGCCGCUAGCGGGACAGCAGCAGCAGCAGCAGCAGCAGCAGCAGCAGCAGCAGGGGCAGGGGCAGGGGCAGGGGGUUGAGGAGGCGCCGGUGCCGCCGGCGGCGGCGGCGGCGGCGGCGGCGCAGGGGGUGGUGGCGGUGUCUGCUGCUGCCUUUGCGGCGGCGCUGGAGCGGCUGCACAAGUUCGUGCGGGGCGCGGUGAUGGACGAGUGUGUGUGGCUGCUCAGGUACGGCGGCCCCUAUCUGCAGGGCGUCGCUGCUUCCAUCCUGGCGUAUGCCGACACGCCUGCGGAGGUGUGCUGGCUGGCGGCGGUGGCGGCGGUGCCGGCGGCGAGUCUGGCUAUGAGUCAGAACCGCUACACCAGCCAGGCCGCGGCGCGCCUGCUCUACAACCUGGCCCGUGGCGGUCCGGUGGCUCGGCGGGCGCUGGUGGGCGCGGGCGCAGUGACGGCGCUCAUCUCCGUACUGGCCACGGACAGGCAGGAGUACGGCUAUUGCCGCGACCGCGCCGCCGCCUGUCUGGCGCUGUUGAUCCGGGACCCGGACGGCAAAUCGCUUUUGGCGCGUUACGGGCUGCCUCAUCUGGUGGCCAUGGUGGCGGCGGCCGACACGGACCGGUGGGAGGCGCGGGAUGCGGCCACCGUGCUGCUCAAGAUGGGGCUGGGGCCGGACGAGCUCCGGGCUCUGGGCCUGAGUGCGGAGGCGCUGGUGUCGUACUGGUGCUGCAGCCGGGCGUGGCUGGAGGGCCGGGUGGACUCGCCCGGGCAGGGCUACACGGCGGCGGAGCGCCAGGCCCGGCAGGCGGUGGCUCAGCUGCAGGCGGGCACACUCACAGCCGCCACGCUGGCAGCAUACAUAGCGGACCAGGACGCGGACCUUGUGCUGCCUCCCGCGCCGCCGGAUGCCGGCGGCGGCGGCGGCGGCGGCGCGGACGGGGCGGAGGCGGGGGCGGGGGUGGGCGGCUCGUAUGACGGCGAUGACCCCUGGGCGCCGGGAGCCCACGACGGCGCCGAGGCCGCGGCGGCGUGGCGGGCGGUGGAGGCCACGGCGCGGCGGCAGCUGGAGGCGGCGGCCGCCACCACCCUGGCCCAGCGGCAGGCGGAGGAGGAGGAGCGGCGGCGGCGAGCACUGGAGCUGGCGGCGGCGGCGGCGCUUGGUGUGGAUGAGGACGAGGACACAGAGGGAGAGGAGGGGGAGGAGGGGGAGGAGGGGCAGGAGGGGGAGGAGGAGGGGGAGGUGGGAGAAGAAGGAGCGGAGGGCAACGAAGGAGAAGGAGAGGACGGGUAGGAGGAAGACGCGGGGGAGGAGGAGAGGGACGGAAGGAGGGAUGGGAAGGGGAGGAGGAGGGGGAAUGGGCUAGGAAAACCAGGAGAGAGGGGAGUGGGCGGACGAGGGCGGUGGAGGCGGCAUGGCGGGGCAGGAGCGAGGAGCGGGGCGGGAAGGGGUGCUGUGAGGUAUGGCGGGGGGCUGCUUGCAUUACUUGCAUUAUGCAUGUGAGCAACGGGCAAGCAAUGUUUGUGUACCGUGUGUGGUGUCAACACAUUGACGGACGGCCUCCAGGCCAGCCAACACGAGUGUCCACAUGAGCGUUGAAGUGUGGGGAGAACUGUGGGGAACUGUGUGGGAGGCGUUUGUUUGGGGCAGAGCCCUCGAGGACCGCGGCUGGUACGGUACUAGCGCGCGGGCGGACUCACCGCACUUGCGCCUUGGCUCGUAAUCUGAA